UCCCUACCCAGAUGCCCCUGCUUCAACAGCCACUCUUCAAAAAGCUCCUGUGGAGGAGAAAGAGAGAUCUACACAAGCGACAGAUACGAGGAGCCAAUGUCAAAGUUUGCUCUGGAGUAACUGAAUCAGCUCAGCUGGUCAGCAACACCAAAGUGAUGUACAACUGGAUCCUGGCUGUUCCAUCUAACAACAUAAACAUGAUCUUCCAGGAGGUGCUGGUUGACCUGAAUUCUAAGAAUGAACGUGGUUUGUACCAAUCACGGAUCAAGGCUACUGUUGGUGGGCGACCUUUGACCUUUUACAGCUUGGUGGGUUUGGAGAAUGAAGCGUUCUAUCGCAGAAUGCCACGCAUCAUUGCCGUCGCCAUUGAUGCUCUCAAAACAUAAAACACACUCAUAUACGCUGCUGAAAUCAUACUUGAGCUGAAAUGGCAUCCGUGACAUUGAGUGUUAUUACAUCCUAAACCUUCUAAUGUGACAUCACCUGCUGCUAUGGAAAUGAUUGGAUGAGACCUUCUUUCUAGAGUCAUCACAGGACAGC